AUGCCAGGAGCCGACUACAAUGCAGUGAAAGGCGGCGGUUUGAAGCUGAAAGCCGGGAAAAAGAAUUUGUAAGUCGAAUUUAAUCCGAUUUUCACAAAGAACACAGCAAAAACUGAACACUUUUGCAGAUUCAAAGUGGGGCGGGAGAAAAAGAGGAAGACAAAGGACGACGGCGAGAAAAUCGAUCCGGACACGGUGGAGCACGGCGGAUUCCGUCGGAUCGCCGACGAGUUCGACAUAAAGGGCGGCGUGAACGUGGCGAUCGAGGUGGCCGGCGGGACCGGCUCCUCGUGCACCUACAUCGCCGCGAUGGACAACGGAAAGUUCACCGUGGGAUUUCCGCAUCCGGAGGGCGAGGGACCGAAUCCCGAGGAGAUUUUCGCGCUCGUCAAGACGCCGGACGACAGCAAAAUCAGUCUGAAGACCGGAUUCGGGCGGUAUAUUGGAGUGGACAGCGAGUUUCAGCUCAUCGCAAUGUCCGAGGCGAUCGGAGUGCGAGAACAGUUCCUGCUCGUCUUUCAAGAUGUAAUUCUUGCUAGAAUUAGACCUAAGAUGCACUAAUUUGAUGGUUUUCAGGGAAAAACCGCAGUUCAAUCGUGCGCCUCACCGCUUUUCCUGUCUACAGUGCCCAGCAAAGAGGGCUACGUGUACGUGGCCAGUAAAACCGCCACCGAGAACGAAAUGGUCAACGUAAGUGAAAAAAUCCGCAGAUUUUUUGUGAAAACUCGAAUUCAGAUCCGCACAGACGCCGUGAAGGAGGGACCGGUCGACUGGCGGUCGGCGGAGGAUCGGAAGAACGCGAAAGAAUGCGAGACGGCCUAUGUGAAAAUGUACCAGCACUCGAAGGUCGACCUCAAGAACCGGCACAUCUCGAUCGACGUCAAAGAUCGCAAAUCGGUGAAGAAGGCGCAGUCGGACGGAACGGCGCACGAGCUGCUGCUCGACAGACGCACCAAAAUAAAGUCGGACCGAUAUUGUUGA